UGAAGUGUCAAUGACAGAUAUAUAGAGCUGUAGCGGGGCUCCAGUGAAGCGUGUCCACGAGUUACCGUCAGUCACCAACACAUGUGUAACACAUAACACACCUGUAAUCAAUUAGUGUAAUUUUGAUUAAUUUGGAGGACAUAUGUGUGGUUUUGAAUGGUCCCGAUCGUAUGUGGAGAUACGUUCUACAUAGAAACUUUCUGUGUGCUAUAAGAAGUGGUUAAGAUCAUUCGGAUGGUUGUAACUAACACAAACUACCUGCGGAGAUAUGACUUUAUGAUUUUCCAAUGAAUUCUGAAGUUCCUUCACCAUCUCAAUCCACGCUAUGACCUAAUCUAGCUGUGAUUUACCGUUGACGCCGAACACGGCAACGAAAAAGACGUGGGAGCUGGUAUCAGGCGACGUCACUUCCGGUUGUCGGAAGUCAGUGGGAAGAAAUUCCGUCAGCACUCGAAAAACAUUUCUCUGGUUCUGACUGACGUGGAGACAAACAUCAAAGAUGCCCAGGAAGGACGACCGUGGUAGGUAUGGCUAUCUAUACUAUAUAUGUAUGUACAUACUGUGUAUACUUGGAGCUUAACAAUUGUUUCUAAAGCCAGUGAGACCUAUUACAGUUGCAUUGUUUGAGGUCUCAUUAGCUUUCUAAACAUUAAAAGAUUUUUUUUAUCAUGACAUUCAAACCUGUAUUCACAGACUGCCGUUUGACCUUUAUGCAGGAUGGUCUCUUAGUAAAGGUUGAAACAAAAAAAAGCAUACCGUUGUAUCCAGCGUGUCAAGGAUGAGCUAUUGCUAAAGGCGGGCGGUUAUAUUUACAUAAUCAGAUAUAUAAAUGUAUUUUGUGCGAAAAGUAAUUUGAUCUAGAGUUAUCUCCCUUUAAGGCGUUUAAUAUAGUUGUAACAGUGCGGAUGAUUAAUACAAUUUAAAUCCCUGCAUCCGCUAGGGAUCGAACCCGGAACCUCUGUGGGGAUCUCUCUAGACGAGCGGUAUAUACCAGGGUUACAUAGUUAAGGCAGUAUGGUGUCUUACUAUAUUUCUGUGUGAAGAGUUAUUCCCCUUAACGAUUCCAAAGUGAGGUUUGAGGAGAUGUUUAGUCGUUUUAGAAAAUACACUGAAAUGUAUAUCAAUUACUUUUCGUGGAAUUUUAAUUUGACAACUUUAUUCGCUGUCAAGGGAGAUAACUUUAUUAAAAGUGUACUUAUCACAUGCAAAGUUCCUAAAGUGUUCAGUGGUAUUGCUAUACACAAUUAUCUGAGCGUCCAAAUGCUUAUUGUAAUGUACACCAUUGACAAACAUAUUUAUUCCAGAGCUUAUCAUUAAUUUCAAGUGUACCGAUAUUGUGUUAUUCUCUCAUCACUGAUAUAACAUCGCGUUAAAUCAAAUUAAAAUUGUAAUAAAAUGAUGUACAGUAUAUUCAGUUAUGAGAGAAACACCGAACGAAAAUCUUAUUUGUGAUGUUAAACUAAAUCUGAAUAUAUUGGAACUGGUGUCAAUGACGUCACAAAUAAGAUCGUACUGUUACACUAUUUACACAGGAGAGUUCUGUAUUAUGGGAUGCGGAGGGAAAAACGAAACGGAAUGUGGAAUUGCAGAAUAAUGGCGACUUGGUACAUAUGAUAUUUUUGACAUUCUCUGCUAUCAAAACGUGGUACAAUGUAGAUGAGAGAUCGAGGUCAUCGAAGGGCAUCAGUAUAAAAAGUUGUCUUCUUUCUUAAUUUGUUUUUCUUUAUAUAUUGUCACGUGCGAUGAUGUCAUGUACAUAUUGACUGUUCCGUUUAUAUUUCGGUGACGUGAUGCAUUCCACUUUCCGUUCCGUAGUAACAUCCGGGCAUACAUGUGUGUAAAGCGAUUGCAGAUGCGUGCGCACUCACUCGGGUUCUUUUCUUCAUUUUUCGAACAAUCGUUAAAACAUAAUACUGCAAAAUUUUAUUUGGCCAUUAACAAACGGUAUGAUUAUACAUUAAGACAUAUUAAAGUUUGCAGAUAAUUAUAUCUAUACGAUUUGGUUACAUAUUAUCGUAAAUGUUUGUUUGAAUCAAAAUCUGGAGAACCGUACCACCUACCGUUGGGCAUGAUUGGUUUAGGGAGAAAGGUUUGAGUGAAUGAGGAACUUUCUUACGUGCGUUUUUUUUUCGUUUCAGUGCUUUUCAAUCAGAGACUUAGAAACAUCUGCUUUGUUUUUACACAAAUCUAUUUAUAAAUAUGCCGUAUCAGGACUCGUUAUAAUAAAGAAACUAUAAAAGUCACUUUUAUCUUUGUACAGUGGAACCUCUUGUGUUCGGACGAUUUGAGUUUAAUAUGUGUACGGUUUGAUUUAAGUCUGGGCGAGAUUUAUACUUCAUUUCAGUUGAAUUGAAUGUUUUGCUCGAGUAAAAAUGUUAUACAACGAAAAUCUCCAACCGUUAAAAAUGUUUAACAGCCAUCUUUACAGUCACAACAACGGUCAUACAGACGUAUUCUGUCAGUCAAGGGAUCCUUUACAAAUCUCAGGGGGGAAAUCAUAUUUUAAGAUAUACAAAUGUAUGUAACGCAACAUGAAACACUAACUUUGAUACCAUCGUUAUAAAGUUUACACACAUAUAACAUAUAAAAAUAUCUUAAAUCACAUUUCAUGAAUUGAUUUAUGAAAGCAUGGUAAUUAUAAAGCCCAUAACUGAAGACCUGUGAUUGGCUACGUAUUCCUAAUGAGUAAUCGUGACGUCAUAGCUUCGUGGCUCUACAAACAUUGCGACAUCACCAAUGAUUGCGAUAGAUAGUGAAAAUAUCGUCAUUUUAGAUUUCAUAUCAGUUUGGUAAAAUUGUUUGAUAAUCAGAAUUGUAAAUUUUUUUUCCAUUUCAUAUGAAUAAUGAAACUCGGAACUAACUUUUCAUUUCCCUCGCAGCAGGCUAGGUAAUAUGAUUUUUUUUAGUCUCCUUCCAUAAGCCCCGUGCGAAAAGAAACACCGUGUAAGCUGAUAUACAUAUGAUUUACAUACACCAAACAUAAAAUGCAAAAAGUUUCUGUAUAAAAAAAAAAUAAUGAAGUGUUGUGAAAUAUUUUAAUGAAAUCAGUUCAAACAAGCUAAUAAAAUCAACGCUUUUCUGUUGUUUUUCUGGUACGUACAGUCAGCUAUGAUUCGUGAUUUAUUAUGAACUUUACUUUUGUUGUUUUGACAUAAUAUCAGGUUAUUUAGUUAAGUUUAAACAACAUUUUUAUUUCAGAAAGAUGCAAUAUCCAAUAUUUUUUAAAGAUCACAUAUACUUAUCUAUUUAUAAUUUAUCCUGGACCUGUGAUAACAAACGAUAGUUUCAGAAAAUCCAUUGAUAAUCUAUUGUAACUUUCAGUAUUAUGUUUAGCACUUAAAGAAAAGAUUUCGUCAUAUCUGAAAGAUAAUGUUUUCUAUUCAAUACAUGAAGGUACAGACAAUUUUUCGUAAACACAAGUUUUGUAUGUUUUACAGGAAUAUCGAUCGAGAUGUGAAGCUCAUCAACAUGUCAUCACGCAGAAUGAUGAUAGAACGAGAGCGCGCGGUAGAUGGCGCUCGAAAUCCCGCCUUCAGUAAACUCGGCUCCACGCUUCUAGAUACUUAUACCAAGCCAGACCAAUAUCUCACGAAACAGUAUCGUCACAUCAAUUCUCAAAUUCGACGGAUGGAGGCGACGAUGAGACUCAAAAAGAAACAAUUCGUCCAGACAUCACAAGUUUUGAACUAUGACCCCAUAAUUCUAGUUGAACGCCCUCCCUCUCCAGAAAACGUCAAAAUGGCAAAAGCAAAAAUACUGGCCGAAGAAAUGAACGAAGAAUUCAUUGCGGACGAAUACAAACCGCAUUACAUGAGGCAAUUGCGAACUAAAGCAAAAACGCCGUCAACUUUAAUGACAAUUGACGCAUUUACGGUAAAAUCGAAAAAGAAACGUAACAUUUGGAAUAAAACCCUUGAUGAAAGAGAUCCACCCGAAUUCCAAAGUACAGUAAGACCAUAUUCAAAGUUGACUGAGAAGGAAAAGACGGACUUACAAAUAGGCUGGUCUUACCAUAAGCCUCGCUUAGAAGCUGAGGAAGAUCAAGAGCCAAAGCGGGAGAAAUCGAUGACCCCUAAGUCUAAGAAGGCGCACGAGACUGAAGGCGAGACAGACGAAGAUGAGGAGUUCUUUACUCCAUUCAUCACACAGAUGGCAACGGUGCGACGUCACAGCGCGUCCGUAGCAACAUCCAAUCAGAAGUCUGUAGACAGACCGCGGUCGGGUCACGAGAAAACUGGCAACAACAAAAACGUCAGGUUCGUAAGUUCGAAACCCAACAGUGCCAAUAUCAUUAAAAAUGGCGGAACUGGACUUGUGAGAAAAUCGAAAAUAUCAGUAACUAAAAUAGGAGGGUAUUGAUGAGAUCUGAGCUGUGCUGGGUAGUUAGAAGAAACAAGAACAAAAGAAAAGAAAAAGAAGGUAGAAUUAAACUUACUACUUACAAAUAUUAACAGUAACACACAAAGUAUACGUCUAGUCGACUCCAAGAACUUCCUGUGAUAUCAAUGUGUUUAUGGUGAUGACUGUUCCAGUUCUUACUGAUUUGUUAAGAAGUUUGAUGACAAAACGUGCACUUGUUUAUACCACGAUUGGCUAUUCUGGACGUCAGAUCGAAAAACCCGAAUUUUUCGGAAUUAUAACAAUGUAGACAAUUUAACAUGAUAUACAGACAAGUUUGUCUGCCUCUCUGUACCUCGACUGUCAUAUCAUACUUUCUAUGAUGUCUUUACUUCCCUCUCUUCCUCGUGACACGCGUCAAUAUAAGUUCACAUUUCCAGAAUAUAUAUGUUAUAAUAGAUAUUUUUAUCAGGGAAAAUUUGGUUUGUUAUAAGCAUAAAUCAUCUAACAAUUAUAUUAACUUUUUUUCCGUAAUAUUAUUGUUUGAAAAAAAGAAAUAAAAACAAAUUAUUAUUGUU